AUGACCGAUAAUAAACCUGAAUGUCUUGAAACUAAAACCACUGAACCGGGAAGUAAGGACUAUGAAAAAAUUCAAGAAAUGUUAAAAAAUGAUAAAAAAUUAGUACCACAAUUUUGGGUGAAUAAAUAUAAAAACGAGGCAUCAAGAAAUUGGGAUUUAUUUUAUAAACGUAACACUACAAAAUUUUUUAAAAAUAGACAUUGGAUUGGAAGAGAAUUUAAUGAACUUUCGUUUAAUAAUAAUGAUGAUCAAGAUUCAAAAUCACGAGAUAAAAGGAUAGAUGUACUGGAAUUAGGUUGUGGUGUAGGAAAUUUUAUAUUUCCGGUCUUGGAUGCAAAUCCUUUAUUAUUUGUUUAUGCUUGUGACUUUUCAAAGAGAGCGAUUGAUUUUGUAAAGAGUCAUGCUCAAUACGAUGAGACGAGAUGUAACGCUUUUGUAUGUGAUUUAACCAAAGAUAAUUUAUCGGAUUUCAUACCAUCAAAUGAUAACAUUGAUAUAGUUUCAUCAAUAUUCGUUUUAUCUUCCAUACCGCCUGAAAAACAUUUAGAU